CUAGAGUAUGGUCCACUGCGCAUUUGGUUACUUGUUUCACCUUUUUUCUUACAUCAUGGAGAAAUCUUAACCUUUCAAGUGUUCAACGUGUUUCAUUUGGUCUCGUUCUCUUCUAAUCUCUUUUCUAAUAACUUCUAAUCCCUUUUAUCGGAAUAAAAUCUGUGGAAGAAUCGUUCGAUGUUCUUUCAGACUAUUGAUUGUAACACUGAAAUCACAUCUAUUGUAUCAUGAUUACGGCAACUUACAGAUUACUGUUUCCAAUUAGUAGGAAACAGUUCAAUCCGUUAAAUUUCUCUUGCAUUAGGGAAUUUGCAUCGGCACAAGAUUUUACAACUCUAAAGUCGAAACAUGGUAUAAAAAAGGAUUCUUUACCAUCAAAACCAAAGAGACCACCAAAUGUAUUUCUACAAUAUUACUCCUCUGUAAAGGACAAGUUGCAAGCAGAAUAUCCCCAUUACAAACCAAAAGAACUUGUGAAGAAGGCAUCAGAAAAAUGGACACAGGUUGAUCCAACUAUAAAGCAGAAUUUGCAGAAGCUAUAUCAUGAACAAACAUUUAUAUAUAAGCAGAAAUUAAUGGAUUACGAAAAUUCUUUAACUGAUAAACAGAAGGUGGAAAUAGUACAAGACUUACUGAGAAAAGGACAUAGUGCGAAGAAAGCAGAAAUAAAACGGAAACUUACAGAACUUGGGAAACCAAAACGACCAUUAUCUGCCUUCAUGUUAUUCCUGCAAAAUAAAAGGGUUACUAAAAAGCCACAAGAAUCGCACAAAGAUUGGAUAAGUAAUGUCACUAAUGAAUGGAAAAAUAUGACAAUAGAAGCUAAGAAUAAAUAUAGUGCAGAAGCAAAAGAUUUAUUAGAAAAAUAUAAGAUUGAAAUGAAAAAGUGGGAAGAAGAUAUGAUUCAAGCAGAUCAACGGCAUGAAUCUACAGAGAACUUGAUGUUUUACAAUAAUAAAGAUUCUUUACAAAUUACAAGGAAAUAUCCAAGGAAAAUGGCAAUGGAUACAUCGAUAAACGAUGUUAAAAAGUCAUUUGUACAAUCUCAUGAUACACAUAUGCAUACACAGAUAUUUACAUAUUUCAUCUCUGCAUGGAACAGAGUUUUGACAGUUUUAAAAGAAAUUAAUGAAAACUGGAAGACGGUAAGAGAAUAUGUACUUAUUGGCACAGCUGGUGUUCUAAUAUCAAUAUUUUGCAUUUUAAAUCUUAUGUAUAAGUAAAUACCGUUUGUGUAUAGUGAAACCUACUGUAUAACUUGUAUUUUAUUUUUAUACAUUAUGCACUUUGUAAUGUCUAAUUAUAUAUUUUAUUUCCGUAAUAAAUUUAUACCACUGUAAUUUCUAUGUGAAA